GCUGGGCUGGCGAGCUUGGCUGCUACAGGUCCCGCGACCGAGUCUGCGAGGCUCCCUGGCUCCGGGCGGAGGCGGGAGGCUCGCGACUGAGGCACUCGGCGAUGGUGGGCGUCCCUGGAGCGGCCGCCUUCCAGCUUGGUUCUGAGAAAAGGUUGCCAGCAAUGCCUGGAUCUCCUGUGGAAGUGAAGAUACAGUCAAGGUCCUCACCUCCCACCAUGCCACCCCUGCCACCAAUAAAUCCCGGAGGACCCAGGCCAGUGUCAUUUACUCCUACAGCAUUAAGCAAUGGCACCAACCAUUCUCCUCCUACCCUGAAUGGUGCCCCGUCACCACCACAGAGAUUCAGCAAUGGUCCUGCCUCUUCCACGUCAUCUGCACUAACAAAUCAACAGUUGCCAGCCACUUGUGGUGCUCGGCAGCUCAGCAAGUUAAAACGCUUUCUCACCACUCUGCAACAGUUUGGCAAUGACAUCUCACCUGAGAUUGGGGAGAAGGUUCGGACUCUUGUUCUAGCACUGGUGAACUCAACAGUAACAAUUGAAGAAUUCCAUUGCAAGCUCCAAGAAGCUACAAACUUCCCUCUUCGUCCUUUUGUGAUUCCAUUCCUCAAGGCCAACCUGCCCCUGCUGCAGCGGGAACUGCUGCACUGUGCUCGGGCCGCCAAGCAGACCCCAUCCCAGUACUUGGCUCAGCAUGAACACCUUUUGCUCAACACAAGUAUCGCAUCACCUGCUGACUCUUCUGAGCUACUCAUGGAAGUACAUGGAAAUGGAAAGAGGCCCAGUCCAGAAAGGAGGGAAGACAGCAGUUUUGAAAGAGAUACAAUUCCUCCUGAGCCUCCUGCCAAGAGAGUAUGCACAAUCAGCCCUGCUCCUCGGCACAGUCCUGCCCUCACUGUGCCCCUUAUGAAUCCUGGGGGCCAGUUCCAUCCUACACCUCCACCCCUUCAGCACUACACCUUAGAAGAUAUUGCAACUUCCCACCUGUAUCGUGAACCCAACAAGAUGCUAGAACACCGAGAAGUUCGUGAUAGACACCACAAUCUUAGUCUGAAUGGAGGCUACCAGGAUGAGUUGGUAGACCAUCGUUUGACAGAAAGGGAAUGGGCUGAUGAAUGGAAACACCUCGAUCAUGCCCUGAACUGCAUUAUGGAAAUGGUAGAAAAGACAAGGCGCUCCAUGGCAGUUCUGCGGCGCUGUCAGGAAUCUGAUCGCGAAGAGCUCAACUACUGGAAAAGACGAUACAAUGAAAAUACAGAGAUGAGGAAAACGGGGGGCGAACUGGUCUCCAGGCAGCACAGUCCCGGGAGCGCAGAUUCUCUCAGCAGUGAUUCUCAGCGGGAAUUCAACAGUAGGCCAGCAACAGGAUAUGUACCUGUGGAGUUUUGGAAAAAAACUGAAGAAGCUGUGAAUAAAGUGAAAAUCCAGGCCAUGUCAGAGGUGCAGAAAGCUGUUGCUGAGGCCGAGCAAAAAGCCUUUGAGGUGAUUGCAACAGAGCGAGCUCGGAUGGAGCAAACCAUAGCAGAUGUCAAACGGCAGGCCGCAGAGGACGCCUUUCUUGUCAUAAACGAGCAGGAGGAGUCAACGGAGAACUGCUGGAACUGUGGCCGCAAAGCAAGCGAAACCUGCAGCGGCUGCAAUAUUGCACGAUACUGCGGCUCUUUCUGCCAGCAUAAGGACUGGGAGCGGCACCACCGCCUCUGUGGCCAGAACCUGCAUGGCCAGAGCCCCCACAGCCAGAGCCGGCCACUGCUUCCUGGAGGGAGGUCAGCCCGGUCCGCUGAUUGCAGUGUGCCAAGCCCAGCCCUGGACAAGACCUCAGCAACCACCUCGCGCUCCUCGACACCUGCCUCUGUGACAGCCAUCGACACCAACGGACUCUGAGCCCCAGGCUCACUUCCUCCGAUGACCUCACAGAGCAAGGGCUGGACCAGGGUCAUCAGCAAGAAGUGAAGUAGAGGCAGAAAGAACCCAAGUCCAGCAAACACUGCUCCACAGCCUCUCUAGACACUUGCCCCAGUUUCGUAUCUGUGUCCCUGGGGGAACUAGUGUGCUGUACUCUCUGCACACAGGCAGCUGGCUGGAGCUGCCACUUCCGUGGCUUUCUGGUUUGUUCCUCUCCCAGCAGGAGCUGGUGUGGCCAGCCCCCUUCCAGUGUAGACCACCAGCUCCCCUCCCUGCCUCUUGAGGCAGCAGACUGUCGAAUGUGCCCAGCCAGGCUGGAGGUAGCUCACCCCACACACUGUUUCCUACUCCACUAUCCUCCUGCAGCAGAGGCCCAGAGUCUGACAGCAGGCCGUGGAGAGGGUCCUUCUGACAAGAGUGGCCCCUCUCACCCCCAACAGCUUGAUGAGCCCCAUUUCCACCCUCAGCAGAUGCCACUGAUUGGCCCCACGGGGACUUUGGGGAGGCAAAAAGCAGCACUCAGGACUCUCUUGACCCUGCUGUUCAAACUUGUUAAGAUUCUCAGAAACCACAGGAAUGUCACCAUUUCAGUAAAAGCACCCAUAUCAAUAAAAAAUAAAUAAAACUUCCA